UUUCUCUCUUACUAUAAAGAACAGAAAGUUAAGCCCUUUCGUGUUUCCAUAAACCCUACUCAUCUCCUUUCAAAAGAACAAAAAGAGAAAACCUAAAAAAGAAGUUGGAUUGGAAAAGGAAGGAUCCAGUAUGGACAAGAACAUGUUAGCCGGGCUCGAGGGUCUCCCUGAAGAAGAUAAGAUCCGAAUGUCCGCCAUGAUUGACCACCUCCAGUUUCGUGACAGUCUGAGAAUGUACAAUUCACUUGUUGAGAGAUGCUUCAAUGACUGUGUGGACAACUUUACCCGCAAGACUCUGCAGAAACAAGAGGAGACCUGUGUCAUGCGAUGUGCUGAGAAGUUCUUGAAGCACUCAAUGCGUGUAGGCCUAAGGUUUGCAGAGCUUAACUCGCAGGCUGCAACACAAGAUUAAAGCUAAUAAACAACCAUGAACGGAGCUCGAAACAUUUCUGCCUUUAAUUUAGAAUUUUCCUUUUGCAUAAAUAGGCUUCUCCUUCCCCAGAUCAAAGGCAAGAUAUUGCUGGGGGUUGACAAUUGUUGUUCAUGAAAGAAUUUAUUAUUGUUGAUUUCUUCUUAAGAAAUUGAAUAUGAUUGAAUAGGUAUUUGUUGUGAAAGAUGGUUCAUUCACCUUGAUACUUAAA